AUGUGUGCAUCUAUCAUAUCUGUGGUGCCCUCGUCUUUAAUCCCCGAGAAGCAUCUCCUCUCAAUGCCCUUCCUCCACGCCUCAAGGGACAUGCUUCGGGUCUAUGAAGACUACGAUCUGGAAUUUCCCGAAUCAUCCUCUUUGAUUAUUCGUCAAUGGCACUCGGUUGCGCUCCAGAAUAUAACUGGCAAGACUGGAUCAGCAUGGCAUCGUCACGGCGAAGCCACCCUUCUGGCACGGAGGCUCCAUCUUUACGACGAAGUGGCGUUGAGUGCUAUUCGUAGUCCCAGAAAGUCACAAAUGCUCCGCGCUAGCUUUUGGCAGUUAUAUCUCACAGACGUUGCAGCUGUGGUUACCGGCACCCGGACACCCUUAUUGAGCGAGUCUCUGUUUGAUGGCGAUGGUUUGUCGCUGCUUGAGCGUGGGGAAUAUGAAAAUCCCCUGCUUGACCUCACUAAGAGCUGCAACCAAGGGUCAUUGGAAGACCGGAUCAUUGUCGGCAACCAUUUCAAAAUUCGUCUAUGGGUUUCGUCCGCUCGCAUAAUCCAAGACAUCAAAACAUGUGGCAAGCUUCAGCAGGAUGGUUCCGUCGACCCAAGCAGCACUCCACAAGAAAGUACCGCGCCAAGUCAUUUAGUUGAGGCCCAUCUGGCAUUCAUAGGAUCCUUAGACAACCUUCCGCCAUGGCUGCAGCAUCCCGACAAUUGCCCUGACUCAGAAGAUGAGGCAAUAUGCGCUUAUCAAAGAACCUGUUUUUGGGCGCAGAGAUGUAGCAUAAUAUCAGCAUUCCACUGCCUGAAACUCAUCAUACUACAAUCUUGCGUGGAAUUUAAUAUGCCCUCUAUCAUGGGCUUCAGCGACCAUGCGAUAUCUUUAGCGAUGAAGAAGAUAGAAAUUGCCCACGACUUCCUGCGGGAUCUGCAGGUAGUUCCUUUUCUUUGCUUGAAAGUCCAGGGUGAGCCUGCGGUCCAAAGAAUCAGGCGCGUUGGCACUCUUGUGCUGCAAGUUGGACAGACAGUUGACCAUGAGACCAUUAAGUCACGUUCGAAAGCUUUCCUGACUCGGCUUUUGGACCUACUGGCCAAGCUAGAUUCCAAGGCGUCGGAUAGUAUUAGUUCUCAACUCGUGUAG